GGGUAACCGGUAUUUUUUAAGUUGACAAUAAAAUAACCUCACAAGCUCCGAUACGUCUUUUCUUUAGGUUAAUUAUUUAUUUUAGUAUAAAUAAAUAUUAAAAAUGGUCGUCAGACAAUAUCAAGAAGAACUUCAGUAUUUAGAAAAAAUAAAUGAUUAUUGUUGGAAAAUAAAAAAAGGUUUUCAACCUAAUAUGAAGGUUGAAGGAAUUUUUUACGUAAAUAAUACUCUAGAAAAACUGAUGUUGGAUGAACUACGUAAUGCAUGUAGGCCAGGUAGCAUUGGAGGCUUUUUACCUGGAGUAAAACAAAUUGCAAAUGUUGCUGCACUGCCUGGAAUCGUUGGAAAAUCUGUAGGAUUACCAGAUGUACAUUCGGGCUAUGGUUUUGCAAUUGGUAAUAUGGCAGCAUUUGACAUAAACGAUCCAAAGUCUAUUGUAUCACCAGGUGGUGUAGGUUUUGAUAUAAAUUGUGGAGUACGUUUGCUACGUACAAAUUUAUUUGAAAAAGAUGUAGUGCCUGUCAAAGAACAAAUAGCUCAAAGCAUGUUCGAUCACAUUCCUGUUGGUGUUGGUUCCAAAGGAAUCAUUCCAAUGAAAGCUCAAGACUUAGAAGAAGCUUUGGAAAUGGGUAUGGACUGGUCAUUACGUGAAGGAUACAGUUGGGCUGAAGACAAAGAACAUUGUGAAGAAUAUGGAAGAAUGCUUAAUGCUGAUCCAUCUAAAGUAUCAACAAGAGCAAAAAAACGUGGACUUCCUCAAUUAGGAACUCUUGGAGCUGGUAAUCAUUAUGCAGAAAUCCAAGUUGUUGAUGAAAUUUAUGAUAAAUCAGCUGCCUGUAAAAUGGGUAUUGAAGAAAAAGGACAGAUAUGUGUGAUGAUUCAUUCAGGAAGUCGAGGAUUUGGUCAUCAAGUAGCGACAGAUGCUUUAGUGCAAAUGGAAAAAGCGAUGAAAAGAGAUAAUAUUGAAACAAAUGACAGGCAAUUAGCUUGUGCACACAUUAAAUCUCAAGAAGGUCAAGAUUAUCUUAAAUCUAUGGCAGCUGCUGCUAAUUUUGCUUGGGUCAACCGAAGUUCAAUGACUUUUCUUAGUCGCCAAGCAUUUGCUAAACAGUUUCACAUGGCUCCAGAUGAUCUAGAUAUGCACGUUAUUUAUGAUGUUUCUCACAAUAUAGCUAAAGUGGAAGAGCACUUGGUGGAUGGCAAAUUAAAAACACUUUUAGUUCAUCGGAAAGGAUCUACAAGAGCAUUUCCUCCUCAUCAUCCACUCAUUCCUGUUGAUUAUCAACUCACUGGUCAACCAGUUCUUAUUGGUGGUACUAUGGGUACCUGUAGCUAUGUUUUAACGGGAACUGAACAAGGAAUGAAAGAAACAUUUGGUUCAACAUGCCAUGGAGCUGGUCGAGCAUUAUCACGAGCUAAAUCACGAAGAAAUUUAGAUUAUGAAGCAGUUUUGGAUAAAUUAAAUGAUAUGGGUAUAUCUAUUAGAGUUGCAUCACCUAAACUAGUCAUGGAAGAAGCUCCUGAAUCUUAUAAAAAUGUCACUGAUGUUGUUAAUACUUGUCAUGCUGCUGGAAUUUCUAAGAAAUGUAUCAAGUUGCGACCUAUAGCAGUUAUAAAAGGCUGAUUGAUUUGCAUUUGAUUAAUAACAAUGAUAAUAAUUCUAAUAUUUAUUUUAUAAAAUAAUAUUUAUUAUCAUUAUUAUUAUGGCUUUUUGUAAUUAUUAAUAUUAUUGUCUUUAUUGUAAUGAGUAAUUUUAGAUACAAUGUACAAGUUUUAAUUUGUC